GUCAUCACUGGGUUUCCCCUGAUACGGCCCGUCUUACUCAAUAAAAGGGUGGAUGUUAGUAUUUCUACUCUCACAGUGUUUUUACUGAGCCCAGAAAGUUCUCAAUAAAUCAGACAGGUUGUCGAGUCAGAGAGCGAGUUUUGGUUUUCCAGCUGAGAUCUGCAAUCAAAGGUCGGUAUGUGACUUUUAAUAAGCUCAUUUUUUUAAAAGUUUCUUUUGUAUUUUGCUAAAUUAAGUUUUCUCUUGUCUCAAAGUUUUGUGACAAAGGACUCACAAAAGCAGAAAGCUUAAGUAAGCUGUCAAUCGAUUGUUGAGUAUGUUUGAGUUGUUUUUUUGUUCAGUCAUGAAAACUCUCUGAAACGCGUAUCCAGAGGCCCUUUUUGGGAGGAGCUUUUUCCAGUCUAUUCAAGAUUCAGAACAAACAAUAACCUAAAAUUAGGUCAAAUUUGCUGUAUGUGUCAGCUUUGUGCUCUGUUAGUGGAUCGUUAUUUCAACGCCAAAGGAAAAGGAGAUCUUCAGGUUGUUUCGCAACUUCAGACCCAAAAUGAGCUGGCUCAAGUUUCAGUGGUUCAUGCUCACGAUCAUCCAGAUUUUAAUGAGUUAAAGUCUAAAAAAUUAGCAGGAUCACAUUUAAUUUUUUUUUCAUUCAUUCUUCGUAAAAAAUUACUGAAUAGCCGUGUGCCACUACUGGCAUUAAAGCUCCUGAAAGGAUUUUCUAAUAUGUGUCAGUUUUUGGCACAAAACUGUUUAACUCCUAUAUAAAUUAUUUCGAUGUGUUUCCUGAGCCUCAUUAUUCUGAGUCUCAACCACCAAGUUUAUCAUUUACUGUGGAAAUUUAAUCCAAAAUAAAGCUGCUUGACAGGCGCCUUCCCUCUUGCACCAGUUUCAGGCAUUAAAAAUCACAAUAUAAGAAUCAUCCAUCAUGUUUCUGACGUUCUACUUUACUUUUGUAUCUCAUAAAUCAAUAUUAAAUUCAGUCUGUUUCACAAAUGCAAAAAUAAAUCCUCACAGGAGCUUUAAGUACUUAAUUUAAGCUUCUGGCAUGUCUAUGUAAGCAUUUUCUAACAUUUCUGUAUCGUCAUGUAGACAACAAAAUAUUCAAAAACACCACCAGUUUGGACCUCUUGUGGGUUUUUUUUUUCCAAUAUGGAAAGAAAAAUGAUCUGUUGAAUAAAGAUGUCCAAAUCUGUGCGGACAUAGCCUCAGCUACAUACAUAAAACUUUAGUUUUUUGGCUGGAUAUUUGGUGAAAGGUUACAACUUUGACACCCAAAUACACCAAGAAGAUCUGGUUUUUAUAUGUCAAUGUUGCUGGGAUAGUUUUGAGAUCCACUUAAAUAAACGGUUAGGGGUAAAAAUUUCGCCAACUAGGCCGAUACGGGUUAUGAAUGCUUCACAAGACCAGUAGCUGAUAUUUGAUAAGCUUAAAACUUUCAAGUAAAACAAUGACACAGAUAAUCCGCCAAAUGCCAAUAACUGGUCAAACCCAAAUAAAUGUGAGCUAUUCUCCGUUCUCAAAAAGCUAUGCUAGGUUGUUAGCCCAUCGGUUUCAGUCGUGCGUUGUCCCAAUAAUAAUUGUUCACGUCAUCAGUAUCACCAAAUCUAUUACCUGAUUUACUCACAACACAAAAACUAAGCCAUGUGCUAAAACAGAUCUGUACGUUUUAAAUGGUGUAGCCAUUACAGUCAUACUGUCAUUUGCUUUGCAACAGAUGUCAAAAUAACCGACAUCCACUAGAGGGCGCCACUUGAGAAGGCGAAUUGGAUAAGGGUAGUUUUAAAAAGUGGUAAAUUGGAGGUAGCUCUUCAGGUGGAUUUGGUCAUUAAAACUUCAUGAUAACUGGACGUAGACCUGCCUUUUUCAAAUGGCAUUUUGUUUUUUGUUUUUUAAUCAAUUUAUUUAUUUUUUACAGUCAGUUUAAACUGUUGGCUAAGUGAACCGAUUCAGAAUCAGAAUCAGAAUCAGAAAUACUUUAAUAAUCCCCAGGGGGAAAUUGCUUAAAAGAUUAUUAAAAUAUUUUUUAAUGCUUGGAAAUUCUUGAAACAUGUUCAAUAUUUUGGAUAUACUCUUAGUUGUACAACACCAAAAACAAGCCAAGUCAGUUGCACCACCACCUUUUGUUGGUAAUUUUCAAAACGUUGCACAGAUAUCUUAUGAAAGUAACACGUCAAAUGUGUGAUGUUCGUUGAUAACAGGAUGCUUUGCCUCCCACUAAGUUUCAGACAUCUGCUGUUUACAAAAACUUCUCUAACAUGAAAUAUAGAUACUUUUACAGCGUUGUCACACAUUCACUCUAACCUUAAUACAACAUUUCCUGUUUCCUGCCUCUUAUGACAGGUUCUUGGUUCACAGUUGUUGAAGCCAGUCAGAUUCUUCUUCUCGAUGGCGUCCAACAACACCGAGGUCACCCUUCCUCUGCCCAUCAGCACCUCAGCGGCGGUCGGCAUCGCCAUCCUGACCUUGGCGUUUGUGCUCGGAUUCCCUGGUAACCUGUUUGUGGUUUGGUCGGUGCUGUGCCGGGUGAAGAAGCGCUCAGUUACGUGCUUGUUGGUGCUGAAUCUGGCUGUGGCGGAUGCUUUGGUGCUGCUCAGCGCCCCUCUUUUCCUACGCUUCCUGGCUGGAGGGCGAGGUUGGGAGUUUGGCUCGGUGGCAUGCAAGCUGGUGCAUUACCUCUCAAGUGUGAACAUGUAUGUGUCCAUUUACCUGAUCUGCCUGAUGAGCAUGGACCGCUGGUUGGCUGUGACGAGGCCUUUCCUGUCCCAGAGACUGAGAACAAAGCGUACCCUGCUGGCUAUCCUGUUUGGGGUCUGGGUGUUGGCGUUUCUCCUGUCGCUGCCGAUGCCUUUCUACCGAAGGUAAUGCCGAAAUAUCCUUCUAAGAUUUCUUACUGCACUUCACCUUGAAAUCCAGAAUAAAGUCGAUGAACUUGGACGACACCCUUGACUGGAGUCUUUGUCAAACUGUCACCAAACCCAAGGAAGGGCAAUCACCAUGGAGGCAAGACUCCAUGAUGUAUUGCCUUUAGUUAGUGAACUAACCCAGGAACUCAGAGUGAAUUAAGGCAGAGUGGGACUCAUAAUCACACAAGUAGAGAAAUGUAAAAAUGUAAACUAUGAGUUAAAACAGUAAACCAACGCACAGUUGAACAAGAUAGUCAACACUUAAAAGGUCAUAUCCCCUGUGAACAAAAACAGGCAUUUAUUCAUGACAUGAAUGUUGAUUAAAACUUCAUUAGUGAUUUGUUUAAUGGUAUCAGAUUUUAACUAACGGUUUCAAGAUUACAACUGAAAGCAUAGACCCACUUACCAAUUCCGGAACUGGGGCCAGCAUUGUAGGCAGUGCUUUAAAUGAGCUGGUACUGGGACUUUUUGGAUGCCUUGGUUGGUGCAUAUUUUAGGGAUCAGAUCUAGAAAAAAAUACAUUUGAGACUUGGGUUUCAUCUCAUUUUGUGAAUGUUUCCCUUUUCUUUCCUGACAGAAAUCUGGAAAUUCCACUGUCAAAAACCAUCUCUAUAAAAGUAUGUAAAGUGCACCACAACAGUAAAGGUGACCGCAUCUUCCAGUACGUGUUUGAGACCGUCAUGGCUUGCAUAGUCCCCUUCUCCCUCAUCAACACCUGCUACUCCUCUGUCAUCUGCCGCCUACAAAGUGCCAAGUUCCAGCGCAGAGCACAAGGCAGCCGCCUCAUCCUGAUGAUCAUUUGUGCUUUCACAAUAUUCUGGCUGCCCUAUCACAUCGUCAACAUCAUAGAGGUAAUCUCACAAUGCUACUUUUUUGGGUAGAAGUAAUUUCAUGUGAUUUAGCGAGUUUGACAUGUUUUUCUUGUCACCACCUCUUUAGGUAGCUGGUCUGUUGCAGGCCAGCAAUUCAGUGAUCAGUGCUGCUAUCAAAGCCCGUCCAAAUGUCACCGCCUUUGCCUACUUCAGCAGCGCCAUCAACCCAGUUCUCUACGUGUUCGCAGGCAGCUCCCACAUCCGCCAGGCUGGAUUGAGUUUCAUGGGCAAGCUGUUGGAAGCGACUUACUCGGAGAGCAGGACCACGUCUACCUUCACACGGAGCGGUCGCAGCAGCUCUUCACCAGAUGAGAGUUCUGUCCUUCAUACUUUGUCGGUCAAACUUGGGAGGCCUUUCAAAAGCAAGGAUAAAGAAAGAAGCAGCAGCGUGGCUGGCAGGGAGGUCGACGAGCCAGAACUCAAGACUCUGGCCACCGUUGAGCAGUUAGAGUAGUGCUUGAUCCAUCCUCGAAACCCCAGUCCACACAUACUGACUCUGCUAUGUCAAACUAAAGCUCUUCACGAUUAAUUUAUGAGGAACCAGUUCCCAGAAAUACCACUCUCAAGAUGGCCUCAUGCAUGUGUUGAUCAGGCCCUCUAUUUUUGAGUAACUAUUCAAUUUGACUGGAUGAAAAGCUGUUGGCAUUGGCCGCAACAUUGGCACGAAUGGGUCCCCCACUUUGGCGUUAAACCUUGGGUAUCCUCAGAACCACAGGAUGGAUUGGCAGGAACUUUGGUGCAACAAUGACUGAUUGUUCCCGCAAAUUUUCAUGGUUCUCUCAUCUUACUCUCAUCUGUUUCUCUCAUGGUUUCUCACUGGACUUGAACCACAGUUUCCAUGUGUACUGAUCUGUAGGGUCGAAUUUGCCAACCUUGGGAAAUUUGAAAUAUGUGCACACAGAUUUUCACAUCUGCUUGUACCAGUUACGAAUUUAUCAUGGCCUGCAAAUUGGGACAUACAGUGUUUAAGCUGCACAAGGAUUUACUCAUUGCUUUUUUUUGUCUUGAUCUGACUCAGUCAUAAGUGACUCUUGUUUGAUUUUCUACUGUGUCAUAAAAAGAUUUGCCCAAAGCUGAAAAAAAUGGAAGAAGAUCGUAGAUUUGAGUGUAAAUGAAAGAAAUUCACCAAGGGCCUCAGGAGACUCAGAUAAACCAGCGGACAGCAGCUUCCUUGACUUCUCCACAUGCACCAUCACCAAAUGGGUUUAAAAUUGUUCGGCUUCAUUUGUACUGUAUAUUCUUGAGCUAUGGCUGGUUUUAUCAUGAGAUGAAACAAUGGACAGAACGAGAGUGGAAAAUGACGUGCUGAAAGGUUCAUGUCCCGGAAUCAAACCUGGGCCACAUGCCAUAAGGAGUACAACCUCUGCACAUCCAAACUGAGCCAAACCAACGCCUUCAAAUAAAAUAAAAUCGUCAAAUUCAGGGUCCAAAUAUGGAUAAAACUUUUGAGUUUUACAGCAUUAACUUUUUAGCCCAUUGAUAUUUUCAAACAUAGUUUAAGUUAUGUAAUUCACAAAUAUGUACUUAUAUGUGUGUGGGAUUCUUUUAAACUCUCAGUGUGCCUUUUGAGAAAAUGAAUUCAUUGUUUGUACGAUAAGUUGUUCUUUCAUAGAUGAGUGGAAUUAUACUAAUAUCACUUAUGUAACGUCCUGCAGUUGAACAGGACCUUUCAAAAUAAAGAUGUCGUCAAAGCAUCCUGCCUUUCACCCUCACCACAAAGUUACUCAACCUGAUUCUCUUCGUCCUUUUGGGUUAAGAGCUGGUCUCAGAUCUGGAGUUAGAUGAAUCAAGUAUGAAACAGAGGGACAGAUUUUUUUACAGGAAAUAUGAGUCACAGCUGACACUAGCUAGUGAUAGUGCUUAGACAUCAAAAUCACAACUUCCUGUGUUCCUCAGAGUUGAGAUUUCCUCAUCCAUGUUGUUUGGUGACUCAGUUACAGAAUAAACUCCCUGCUUACAGCAACAAGCAGGUCUGUUGCCCCAUAUUGUUAACCCUAACCCAA